AUGAACAACUGUAAGAGGCAGCUGUAUGCUGACCAGACAGCAAACCUGGAGAAGUUUAGCCCCGAGGUUCUUUCUGAAAUUGAGAAGCUGUUUGCAAAGAAGUUUACUUACACCAAGCCAGCGAACGAAGACUGGCAGCUGCCAGACCCCGGCGACGCUUUCACCUGUGCUCACAAGGAGUUCCACUCCCUCCUGGCUCUGAAAGACUCCUUGAACCAAGUGAAGAAUCAGCUGAGUGAUAAGAACCUGGAGGAGUGGCAUCAGCACACCUCCUACACCAACAAAGCAGGGAAAAUCAUCCCUCAGGUGAGGAAAUCCAUGAACGCUGAGCUGUGCACCCAGGCCUGGUGCAAGUUCCACGAGAUCCUGGGCAGCUUUCCUCUGCUCCCCGAAGAAGCUCUGGAGGAAGGAGAACUGAACUCUGUCCACCUCUGUGAAGCACCUGGAGCCUUUAUAGCCAGCCUCAAUCACUACUUGAAGUCCCACCACAUUCCUUGCUACUGGAAUUGGGUAGCCAACACUCUCAACCCUUACCACGAGGCCAACGACAGCCUGACCAUGAUCAUGGAUGACCGCCUGAUAGCCAACACCUUGCCUCGGUGGUACUUUGGCCCAGACAACACUGGGAAUGUGAUGACACUGAAACACCUCACAGGCCUGCAGAGCUUUGUCAAGAACAUGGCCACAGUUCACCUGGUCACUGCUGAUGGCAGCUUUGACUGCCAGGGGAACCCAGGCGAGCAGGAGGCUCUGGUCUCCCCUCUUCACUACUGCGAAGCAGUCACCGCUCUGCUGCUGCUGGGCACGGGAGGCUCCUUUGUGCUGAAGAUGUUCACCCUCUUUGAGCACUGUUCUGCCAACCUGCUCUUCCUGCUCAACUGUGCUUUUGAGGAGGUCCACGUCUUCAAGCCAGCCACCAGCAAAGCUGGGAACUCGGAGGCCUAUGUGGUUUGCCUUCGCUACCUGGGCAGGGAGAGCAUCCACCUGCUACUUUCCAAGAUGUUACAGAGCUUUGGGGCAGAAAUGCUCCACAGAGCCCUUUUCCCCCAGCACCUGCUGCCAGAAUCUUUUCUGAAAGCCCACGAGGAGUGCUGCCUGUUCUUCCACAAGUGCCAGGUGGAGACCAUCUCGGAGAACCUGUGUCUCUAUGAGCAGAUGGGAGAAGCGGAGCAGGCGAAGCUCAGCAGGUUAAGGGAUUGUGCUGUGGAGUUCUUCCUGCAGAGGUUUCAGCUGAAACCCAUUGCCAGAAGCAAGUGGCUCGUCGGGAAGUCUCAGACUGGCUGCAGCACCAAUGCAAAAUGGUGUGGGCAGAGAAACAAAGCUUUCAGCACCUAUAAUGAAAGGAAGCUGCUGGAAGCCCUGACGUGGAAUGAGAAAGUGGCCAAGGGCUGCUUUAAUCACUGGGCCGAAGAGCACAGUUUAGGUAACACUGGUAAGAUGUGCAUCUUGGAAGGGUCGUCUUCUAACCUUGAGUGUAGCUUGUGGCACAUUUUGGAAGGCAGGAGACUCCCAGUGGUAAAAUGUUCUCCAUUUUGUGACGGGCAGGUCCUGGAACUUCUCAACGAAGCCCUGAGUGACUUGGUGGGGGCCAGGCUGAGGAGCGGAGCAGCUCUGCAGCCUUGUCCCUCCUGUGAGGUCCUCCCUGGGGAGCUGAUACUGGCGGAAGUGUCUGACCUUGCCAGGAGCCAGCAGGAAGUGCUGAGAGAAAGCUGCCCUGCCCACUUCAAGUGCCUGGUGGUGGACUUCCCAUCUCUCUGUGAGGGUGAAAGCCAACCCAGCAUGGACAUCGAGCUGCUGGACUCGGGCACGCUGCUGGGUUUCGGCUUCUCCUCGCUGUACGACGGAGAGCCCAAGUACCAGCAGCAGCUCUUGGGGUGUGUUCUGCGUUGUUUGGGUCAGCUGGCAGUGGGAGAUGCUUUGGUGCUGCCCAUCCUUUCCUGUCUGACACGCUUCACAGCUGGCCUGCUCUUCAUCCUGCAUUGCUCUUUCAGGGCCAUCAGCUUCGCUUGCCCGACCUCCCCCCAGCCGCUGAGCUCCAGUGCUGCCCUGCUGUGCGUGGGCUACAGGGGCCUCCCCCAGCCAGCUGUGGAGUACCUGCAACAUCUGCAGGAGCUGCUCAGCUCCUUCCUAGACACGGACUCUCCUCAGCAAGUUCUGCAGUUUGUGCCCAUGGAGGUUCUCCUCCAGGGCGAGCUGCUGGAGUUCUUGUGGGACUUGAACACGGCUGUGGUCAAGAGGCAGCUCCACCUGGUUGUGCAAGCCCAGCAGCAGCAGGUGACAGGCAGUGGGGCACUUUAG